GGCGGCUUCCGCCGGCUCAUUGCGACGCACCCGGCGGCGACCUUCACCGCCACUGUGGCGCACCUCUGCCGCGCCAUCCGCAAGCUCUCCGCCAUCACGCUGCCAGAGGAGGCGGAAAAGCCUCUCUACCGUGGCGUGCGCGGCGAGCUGCCAUACUCGUUUUGGGUGCGGGGCGAGCUCGGCAUGGUCUGUGCCACGGACACCGCCUUCAUGUCCACUUCCCGCAACCGCGCGACGCCUUUGAUGUACAUGGACGAGAAUGGCCCGAACGUGCUGUGGAGCCUCCGCCCGUCAUGCGAGGGAGACACGGGCUUCCACCACGGCGCCGACAUCUCGCUGCUCUCGCAGUUUGCCGGCGAGGAGGAGGUGCUCUUCCCGCCGUGCACCAUGCUGCAGGUUCUCGAGCAGAAGGACUCGCCUGCAGUGACAGCAGAAGACAAAAAGGCGGCAUGGAAGGCCACAAAGCAAAAGACCAACUCGCGUUUCUCGACCGAAGCGGUGCUAGCGGGCGCCCCGUCCGGCAGCGGCGGAAAGCCGGGGCCAUCCAGAGCCAAGGCGAGCUCCACGGAGGAGCUUGCCAACCAGCUGCGCGAGUACAAGGAGGAGUCUGUGGAGGGCAAGCCGAAUAAGCCAAAGGUGGUGUAUUACGAGAUCCGGGUCAUGCCGACGUUUGUAUGAAGAUUUAGUUGCAGUUGGAUGUUUUGCCUUUUUGAUGUUUUUAGUUGAAACACAUAAAGUA